AUGAGACACCGCGUUGGCUAUAACGCACUCGGCCGCACGCCGAGCCACCGCAAGGCCCUCCAUUCGAACAUGGUGGCGGCCCUGUUCCGCCACGAACGAAUCCGCACCACGCGCGCCAAGGCCCUUGCCGUGCGCCGGAGCGCGGAAAAGAUGAUCACCCGCGCCAAGCACGACAGCGUCCACAGUCGACGGAUCGUAGCCCGGCGGCUACAUGAUCGGGCCGUGUUGGCCAAGCUGUUCGAUGUGCUGGGCCCGCGCUUCCAGAGUCGGCCCGGCGGCUAUACACGCGUGCUCAAGCUCGGCCCCCGGUACGGGGACGCCAGCGAAAUGGUAAUUCUUGAGCUGAUGGACCGUCCGGACGAGACGGACGAAGCGUCCAACUGA